AUGUUGUUUAUUAUCUACUUAGUAACCUUGGCGAUAGCCACACCUCCGGCAUGUUUCCUUAGCUGUAUCAAUGAAGUAGCUAAGUCAUGUGAAUACAAUCAUCGCGAUUUGACUUGUCUUUGUCAGAAGAAGGAUGAAAUCUUUGGAUGCUUAGUUGAUAUUUGUCCCUAUGGGAAUUUUGAAAGUGCCCGAGAUCACUAUUUAGGUACCUGUUUGGAACAUCAUCAUCCUCAUACACCUCAGGAGUCUACUACUUCCACAGUUGGGUCUGCCACUGAGGAUUGUGAUGAGCCAACUAAAACUUCAACAAUCGUUGUACCUCGUCCCACCAUUUCAACAAUCCCUUCUCCUAAUCCCGAAGAUUGUGAUAAAGACCAUGACCAUUUUGAUUGUGAUGAAAAAGAUGAUGGCGAGUAUGAUUCUUGUGAAUGGGAAGAAGAAGAACAUACCGAUAAAGAUGGUUAUGUCAUUAUUAUUCGAAAGCCAAUUAACGUACCACAGAAGUACUUAUCUCCGCCUUACACUAAUCCCAAAAGACGUAAAGUUAUAAUCAAGCAUCCGAAAUCUGACAAAACAACUGUCAAAUCAGCCAGUUUCAAAGAUAUCUCCAUGAAUAAAUUGAAAGGAUUAAAAACAUCAAUGGGUGAAAUCAAAGAAACUAUGAGCAAAUCCAAACAAGAUAAAAUGGAAAAGGUGACGGAAAAUCUUGAAAAGAUCAAUGAAAAAUCAAUCAGUUUGAAAUCAGGUCAAUCUACCAAAAUGGGUAAUAUGAAAAAAUCUAUGGAGAAGAAAGUUUCUGAGUUCCAAGGAUAUAACUGA